AUGGCCCGCUCGCUGACCUGGCGCUGCUGCCCCUGGUGCCUGACCGAGGACGAGAAGUCGGCGGCCCGGAUCGACCAGGAAAUCAACAAGAUCCUCCUGGAGGAGAAGAAGCGGGACCGAGGGGAGCUGAAGCUGCUGCUGCUUGGCCCCGGGGAGAGCGGGAAGAGCACGUUCAUCAAGCAGAUGCGCAUCAUCCACGGGGCAGGCUACUCGGAGGAGGACCGCAAGAGCUUCCGGACCCUGGUCUACCAGAACAUCUUCGUGUCCAUGCAGACCAUGAUUGAGGCUAUGGAACGGCUGCAGAUCCCCUUCAGCUGGCCCGAGAACAAGCACCGGGCCAACCUGAUCAUGAGCCAGGACCCCUACAAGGUGACCACCUUCGAGAAGCAUUACGCCGUGGCCAUGCAGUGGUUGUGGAGGGACUCCGGCAUCCGCGCCUGCUACGAGCGCCGGCGCGAUUUCCACCUGCUCGACUCGGCAGUGUACUACCUGUCAAAUCUGGACCGCAUCACGGAGGAGGGCUACAUCCCCACCUCGCAGGACGUGCUCCGCAGCCGCAUGCCCACCACCGGCAUCAACGAGUACUGCUUCUCCGUGCAGAAAACCAACCUGCGGAUCGUGGACGUCGGGGGCCAGAAGUCAGAACGCAAGAAGUGGAUCCACUGCUUCGAGAAUGUGAUCGCCCUCAUCUACCUGGCCUCGCUGAGUGAAUACGACCAGUGUCUGGAGGAAAAUAACCAAGAGAACCGAAUGAAGGAGAGCCUGGCCCUGUUUGGCACCAUCCUGGAACUGCCCUGGUUCAAAAGCACUUCCGUCAUCCUCUUCCUCAACAAAACCGACAUCCUGGAGGAGAAGAUCCCCACCUCCCACCUGGCUACCUACUUCCCCAGUUUCCGGGGCCCGAAGCAGGACACGGAGGCAGCCAAGAAGUUCAUCCUGGACAUGUACACCUGCAUGUAUGCCAGCUGCGUGGACGGCGCAGACGGGGGCAGGAAGGGCUCGCGCUCCCGCCGCCUCUUCAGCCACUACACAUGCGCUACGGACACACAGAACAUCCGCAAGGUCUUCAAGGACGUGCGGGACUCAGUCCUGGCCCGCUACCUGGACGAGAUCAACCUGCUGUGA